GGCGGACAAAUGUAUGAGCUCAGGAGGGUUCUCACAGACACAGUGGCGCCAAGUCUUCACACACACUCACUGGGUUUCGUAAAGACUUCAAUUAACCCCUAAUCAUCGGGAUCGAUCAGGCGUUAACAAGGGCCAAUACAUAUGCAAAUCGCAGCAAGGGCCAGGGCCCCUAUAAAAGCUGACCCUGCACAGGGGCUGCUACCACGCGCUCCCUCUGACACUUGGCGGAUUUACAGGUCACUGAGCAGCACUGCGAACAUGGUGAAAUACUUUUCUGUGGACUGGCUGGCCCAGAGCCACGCCGCGCCGACCUGCAGACCUCAUGUUCCCUGCAUGGUGCAGCCGCGCCCGCCGGCUUAUGGCAAGAGUCACCUGCAGCCAAAACCCAAAGCAUCAAAGCCCGCAGGACGCAUGGAGCCAGUGGAGAGCAGCGGGCACCAGGAGUCCAGCCUGCGCUCACCUUCACAUCCAUCAAGCUGCGCCUCGCCAAUUUCAGAAAUCAGCGGGUAUUCCUCUGGGUACGAGAGCGAAGCAGCUUCCUCCGAGUGUCUCUCUGUGGACGAGGGAAGCGACGCGGAGAAAGACGGACCGCGGCGCCGAGUCCGCACCAAGUUCACCCCGGAGCAGAUCAGCAAGCUGGAGAAGAUCUUCACCAAGCACAAGUACCUGGACGCUGGGGAGAGAGUGAAGACAGCGCAGAGGAUGAACCUCAGCGAGACCCAGGUGAGGACCUGGUUCCAGAACAGGAGGAUGAAGCUGAAACGGGAGGUGCAGGACUACCUUGUCCCACCGGUGAUGUUCCAGUCUCUGCCCCCGGUUCAGUACCACAGCAUGGCCGGACAGAGACCCCUCUACCCAGCGACCGGCCCGGCCUUUUACCCGCUCCCCGUCCCGCAGCUGGUCCUCCGGCAGCAGAUGCCCCCUCAGCACCCUCCUCAUCGCAUGAUCCGACAUUUCUACUGAAGAACUGUCAGAGACUCUUCCGACUGAAACACUUAGAAAUCCAAACGAGUGCAAUCCAGAGCUGUUUUUAUCUGAUGUGUGAUUUUUUUUAAUUAUAUUUGGAAAAAAAGUUGUAAAUAAUUUACAGAAAAGUCUAUUUAUCACUGAAUAAAGUUUCUUCUAUACUGCA